AUGAUGAAAACAAUCCUUCUUAUUAUCUGCUUGGCUUCCAUAAUUCAAAGUGAGAGAGUACCAGAAAACAUCGAAGAGAUCAAAAUCAAAGUCGAAUAGACUACCUAAUUUGUGGAAUAAACUGCCGAAGUAGUUCAAAAACGAAUCCUUGAAUAAGAAAUUGAAUUAACCCAUGAUAAUCAAGGAGGAGAAGAUAUCAAUAGUGAAGUGAAAGUACACCUCGAGGAAAGUGAAACUCAAUAGGAAAUUAAUACACAAUAAGAGGUUGAACCUGAAAAUAAUCAACCUCCAUAAUCGAAUGAAGAUGAUGACGUUGUAUCUUAAGGAGAAACUAUUUAGACAUCUGAUACCAAUGAGAAUCUCAAUUAAAAUAGUGAAAGAUAGGAGAGCUAAACCAUUGAAGAAAGCAAUGAAGAAUAAUAAGAAAAUGACCAAUGCAUCUCUGAGAAUUGCUAAUCAUAGACUGAGUAGAAUCAUAAUACAGAAUAAGAAUAGAAGUAGGAAUAAGUUGAGGAUUUGUAAGUAGAAAAUGAUGUGGAAGUGGACUAAAUCCAAUAAGAUAAUGAAUAAGUGACUUCAAAUUAAGUUAACGAAGAUUCAAAAAGUGAAGAUACAAACUAACAAUAAACAGAGUAGGUAGAAGAAUAAGUUGUUCUAAAUAUAGAAUAAGAAUAAUAAGAUUAAGAAUUGACUUCAAAUGAUAAAGAAAUUAAUGAUACUUAAUUAAAUGAAGAAACUUAAGAAUAACAAUAAAAUAAUGAACAAUCAAAUGAAUAAAAUGAAAAACAUGAUCAUGAUAAUUAAGAAAAUGUUGAACAAGAACAUCAUGAACAUACUCAUGAACAACAUGAACAUACUCAUGAACAACAUGAACAUCAUGAUCAUACUCAUGAACAUUAAGACCAUCAUGCACAUGAACAUGCUCAUGACCAUACACAUGAACAUGCCCACGAUCAUUCACAUGAACAUGCUCAUGACCAUUCACAUCAUCAUCACACAUAUGAUCACACACACUAUCAUCAUUAUUAAUAAGAAGAAUAAACCAUUACAAAUCAGGAUUAAUAAAAUGGAUGGUAAGUUCAAUUAUCUUUUAUUCCCAAUUACUAAGAGAUUUAGUCUAAACUAAUCAAAAUUUAACAUCAAUUACCAGAAUUAUUAGCAAAAUAUCUUCCUAAUUCAAAAUAGGAUUAAGUAAAUUACAGUGUUUUGAUUGUGUCAUUCCCCUCAUUGCCAAUAUUUUUAUUGCUUUUGAUUGUAAUAAUGUGAUAUUUAUUAUAGACUGUUGGAAUUAGAAACAGAGGAACAGCCAUUUAAUAUAUGAUAGCAUUUUCAUUCGGAACCAUGUUAGGAGAUGUAUUCUUCCAUAUGUUGCCUGAAAUCCUAGGAACUCACUCCCAUUCUCAUUAAGGUCAUGACCAUCAUGAGGAGAAUCCUUAAAUGUGCUUAGUUUUGGGUGGUGUUCUAUUGUUUGCAUUCAUUGAUUUGUUUAUUAUUAAAUUGAAGAACUUUAGAGGUUAAAGAGAUGCCUCACAUGAUCACGAACACAAUAAUUCAGUUAUUGUAUUCUUAUUUGGAGACUUCUUACAUAACUUUACAGAUGGUAUUGCAUUGGCUGCAACAUAUUCUAUCAGUUUAGCAUCUGGCAUUACAACUACAAUAGCUAUUUUUAUGCAUGAAAUACCUCACGAAAUCGGAGAUUUUGCUUACUUAUUAAAAUAAGGUAAAUGUGUUUUCGUUAUUCUUUUCACUUAAGUUGUCACAUCAAUAGGAUGUUUGGCAGGAGGAUAUGUUGGUAAUUUGUUAUUCUUAAAAUUAGGAUUACACUUUGCUAAGACCUUUUAAUAAGAACUAUUGUGUCUAACUUGUGGAAGUUUCCUCUAUGUAGCUUUAGUUAAUAUCUUACCAGAGUUAAAAUAAUCAUUCUCAUAUAGACCAAAAUUAGAAAGAUUGAUCAUGAAUCUAAUUUCUAUUGCAGCUGGUUUAUAUUUAAUGAAGUUCGUAGGAUAAUUAGAAUGAUUUGUAGUG